ACUUAAAUCUUUGGAAAAUAUUGUAAAAAGCUCAAUAUUUUCUUUUCUCUUUUCUAUUCUCCCAUUUCUCGUUCUGUCUAUUAAACAAAAUCUUUUCUCUCUCUUCACUAACUCCUUUUUGUCUCUCUCUCUCUCGUAUAAAUGAGUGAGUUUGUUACUAUUACUAAUAAUAACAUCUAGUAUAAAGUAUAAUUACAAUUAUAAUCUGACAUUUGUCAUCACAUAUAAAUCUUAAUUUCUCUCAGAGAGUUUUCUCCAUCUCCUUUUCUCCCUGUGACUAUCCAAUUUCUCUGUCUAUCUCUCUCUCUCUCUCUCUCUCCAUGUUGUUGUUUUUUUCGUUUUCGUCUUCAUCUUUUUUUCCUCUGUAACUACUUUUUCACCUAAUCAUCAAACCUGAUUUGAUAUCAUUAUCAUUACACUGAUGCUUAUUCUCUCUCACUCUCUGUCUAUGGUUUUCUCUCUCUUCCAUCCCCAUGCAUCUUUCUCUCUAACUCUCUGAAUUUUAUCAUCUUUCAAUUUUUCGUUUUCUCUUUUUCAUUUUUUUUCUCUUUUUCUAUGUCAUAAUUUGAUUCUUUCUGUUUCUUUUUUUUCUAUUUCUCUUCAGUUCCUUUUUUCUAUUACUUAAUUUGUUACCUUUCUUCUUUUGUCUCUCCUCUUCUCUCUCUCUCUUUGAUCAUCAUCUUCUUCUUCUUCUUUUCGAUCUAAGGUUUUAAUCUUGUUUUCAGUUCUUUUUCUGCUGCUGUUGCUAUUCUCUGGUUGUUAGAUAACUGCAUAAAUAGCGAUACCUUGACCUACUCACCAACUUUACUCUCACUCCCAACUUACUCUUUCUUGUAACUCAUGUAAUAAACUCCUCCUUCUAUCAUCUUUCUCUCUCUCUCUUCUCAUCUAACCCAGAAAACCAGUUUGUCUGUUAUAUGUGUUUUUCUCAUCAUCAUGAGUUUCUCUCUCCAACUCUGUCUACAUUUCUCUCUUUUUUCCAUGUGACUCUAUCAUAUUUUUCUUCUUCACUCAAUAUUUAGUCUCUUUCUUCCCCACUUCUUAUUCUUCACUUUCCUUCCACGAUUUAACUCUUUCUUUUUUUCCUCUCUGUCUUUAUUAUCUUUCUUCCUGUUGUCAUAAUAUACUUUUUACUUUUCUUCUCUCUCUCUCACUUGCUCUCCUUAUUCUCUGUAAUUGCUCUUCUCUGUCUUUUAUCGUUUUUCCUGAAAUCAUUUUGAUUCUUUUUCGUUGAGAGACCGUUUUGUAUGUUUAUGAGAGAGAGAGAAAAAAAAGAAAUAAGAAAAUCAGAUCGUUCGUCACUUCGUUCUCUUUCUUUUUCCUUAUCAUCAUCAACACAACCACAGCAUUAACACCAACAUCUUCUUACCUUCUUCUUUUCAUCAUUUUUUGUUUCUUCAGAAUUGUGUCUCUGUCUAUCUUCACAAUUCUCUUUCUCUUUUGCUCCAUCUACACCCUCAAUUUGAUUCCCUCUUCUUUCUUUCUCUCUCACUCUAACAUUCUCUUUCUCUCUCGUUCUCUCGUUCUCUCUUUCUUUCUAAUUUCUACUAACUUGAAACACUCUCAAGAGGGAGUCUUUCAUGUUGAUUUGUCUUACACUCCCCUUUUCUUUCUCCCUUAAUUCUCACUUUUACUUUCUUUUUUCUCUGUCUUCAUUUUCUCUUCAUCAUCAUCAUCAUUGACAUUGUUUCUUCCCCUCACUCACUCACUCACUCUCACUCUCACUCUAUCUCUCUCUCUUUCUUUUAAUUCGUUUCUAUCUCCCUCUUUCUAUUCUCAUUCUCUCUAUUCUUUUUCUCUCAUUAUUUUACUAAAAAAAUGAGAUCGAAAGAUGAAAGAGAAAGUGAGAGAGAACAAGAUAGACAGAGAAAGUCAAGUCAGUUACUAUUGAGUCGUUAGUUGAGUGAUAACGGUGUAAACAAAUAUUUCAGUCAACAUAUACACACAGUCGUCGUCAGGAAUAAACAACAACAACAUCAACUAACAACAAUCAACCACAAACGUUUUACAUUCCAAGGAAUUAACAAAAUCAAUUUAACCUUUAUAUUAAUGUUAUAUCAUCAACUGGAAAAGAAACACCAAAAUUAUAUUUUAUUUGUUGUUAGUGAAAAUUAUAAAAAAUAUUAAUAAUAAUAUAAAAUAUUCAUUCAUCUAUAUGUUGGUGAUAUUAAUCAACUCUUCUUGUGACAUUGGUGAUUAUUACAAGUCACCUCAACAAAGACUUUAAAUCAACCAUUGGAUUAUCCUAAUCAACGACACCAACAAUCAAUCCCAAGAGUUAUUUUUCUUGUUGUAUUAUUGAUUAACUUACUCUUCUCAUCAUCAUCUUCACAUCAUCUUCAUCCUACAUCGUCAUUACAAAACUCAUUACAUCGGCUUCCAUAAGUCUGUUAGCAACAACAACAACAACAACAACAACCUAAUCAUCAUUACUCUAUUAUUUCAUCAUCAUCUUCAUCAUCUUCAUUACUACAACUUUUGUGCCUUUGAUUAUGAUUAUUGACCAAUAAUUAAUUUGAUUCUUGUUUGUUGAUUAUUUUUGUGCUUUGGACUUACAAUUAUUUUUUUAAUUUCUUCUUUUUUCUCUUCUCUCUCUUGAUUACUUGAUUACUUACUUAGAGGGAGAGAGAGGCUUGUGAUUAAUACACAACAACAACAACAACAAUUUAUUAUUAAGAGAUUAACACCAAACAUAGUUGCUAUUUUAUUUUUCACGCUCUCUCCUUUUUGUUUGUGCCUUGUCAAGAUAUAAAUUGUAUCCCUCAUCAUCUUCAUCAUCAGGCUAAUCAACACCAUCAUCAACAAUAACAACAACAACAACUCUGUGACUUGUGCAUUUUGCUUCCUUUAAGCCACAUUUCAAUUUCUUCAUCUUCACCAUCACUAUCAUCAUCAGUAAUAUUAUUAUUAUCAACUAAUUAUCAUCAUCAACAAUAAUAACAACACCCGAAUCUGAAUCAAUUUUACUUUUGUUUGUUUGUUUGUUAUUUUCUUGAUAAAUAAAUAUUAUUUUUCUUGAUAAUAGAAAGACAAUCAAUAUCUUUGAUAUUAUAUCAUCAUGAUGUCCAAUUUAAGUGAUCAUCAUAUUGAACCAUGCUUCAUGCCACCAACAGGGUGUUCAUCAAAUGAACCAAAUGGACCUACCGGUUAUGGACAUAAUCAUUUAACCUCUGCCCUUUCAUUGGCAGUUCCUUCAAUAACCAGUGCUGCAGGUCCACCCGAAACCUCUGAUACCAAAGAGGGUAUGGAUGAACUGUGUCCAGUGUGUGGAGAUAAAGUCUCUGGUUACCAUUAUGGACUAUUAACCUGUGAAUCAUGUAAAGGUUUCUUCAAACGUACUGUACAAAAUAAAAAGGUCUAUACCUGUGUUGCUGAUCGUUCUUGUCACAUCGACAAAUCCCAAAGGAAACGAUGUCCAUUUUGUAGAUUUCAGAAGUGCCUUGAAGUUGGAAUGAAAUUAGAAGCUGUACGUGCUGAUCGUAUGAGAGGAGGUCGUAAUAAAUUUGGCCCAAUGUACAAAAGAGAUCGAGCUCGACGAUUACAGAUUAUGAGACAACGUCAAAUGGUUCGAACCGGAGUGGGUUCUCAUGGUAGCGGAGGAGGUGGUGGUCAUUCAAGUAAUCAUUCAUUAGGAGAGGUGGGAUCUUCAUCUCUUGCUAUGAUUGCCUCCAAUAGUAAUGGUGGACUAGGCGGUGGGUCAAUUUACACACCGGACGGGAUCAAGCAAGAACUCAUCCAAAUUCCUCAACUUUCUUCAUCAACCUCAUCUCCCGACUCCUCGCCAACCUCUGUACCUACUACCCUUACAUCAUCAGUUUUCUCUGUCCCAGGACAUCAUUUUGGUUCAUCUUCAUCUCAGGGACAUUCACAAUCGGGUCCUGGUGGUCAUCAUCAUCCUGGUUCACUGGGUGGUGGUCAUUCUGGUCCAGGCUCAGGUGGAGCACAUGUUGACAUGGUUAAAUGGGUUCCCUCCAAUUCAAAUGUCUCCUUAGGACAAACUGGAUUACCCAAAUCACUUACCGGUAACUCAUCAUCAUCAUCAUCUUCAUCAACAACCUCAUCAACCUCUUCACCUACCGGUCACAAUGGGGCUACCGGUGGUGGUGUACCAGGUGGCGGUGGUGGACCUGGCGGCGGUAUCAAUAAUAAUAAUAACAAUAAUAAUAACGGUCCCAACGGUAAUAAUGGUACACCUACUGGUGGAUUACCGUUCCCCUAUGGAGGUCAUGGGACAAAUGAAACCGGUGGUCAACAAGGAUCAUUAAUGUCCAAUAAUAAUGGUACACAAAGUGGACCCCAAGGUUUACUGGGUAUACCAGGUCUUAAUUCAUCAACACCACCCAAUCAUGAUGGUUCUGUUGGCCCAGGCGGUCAAGUUGUUAACAAUGGUGGUGGACAUGGUGGUCGAGAUAAAAUCCCAAUAAUUGUUCGUGAACUUCAAGCAACCGCUCCCGAUGAUAACGAAUGGCGAAGCCAAUUAUUUGGACUUUUGAACAGUCAAACAUAUAACCAAUGUGAAGUCGAUCUAUUUGAAUUGAUGUGUAAAGUUAUUGAUCAAUCACUUUUUGCUCAAGUCGAUUGGGCAAGAAAUAGUAUUUUCUUCAAAGAUUUAAAGGUUGAUGAUCAAAUGAAAUUAUUACAACAUGCAUGGAGUGAUAUGUUGGUAUUAGAUCAUAUUCAUCAAAGGAUGCACAAUGAACUACCUGAUGAUACAACACUUCCCAAUGGACAAAAGUUCGAGCUAUUGGGUUUAGCUUUGCUCGGUGUUCCCUCAGCAUCCGAUAAUUUGAUUCAAUGUCAAGCCAAAUUACAGCAACUUAAAUUUGAUUCAGUUGAUUAUCUUUGUGUCAAAUUUUUGUUACUUUUAAAUCCAGAAGUUCGUGGUUUAUCAAAUUAUAAAUUGGUCGCUGAAGCUCAUGAGCAAACACAACAAGCACUUCAUCAAUAUUGUAUUGAAAUAUAUCCUCAAAUAACUGACAAAUUUCAUCAAUUAAUGGCACAACUCCCCAAUUUGAGACAAUUAACAAUACGAGGAGAGGAAUUUCUUUAUUAUAAGCAUCUUAAUGGCGAUGCCCCAUCACAAACACUAUUAAUGGAAAUGCUUCAUGCUAAACGAAAAUAAUAUUAUUCAGAGAGAAAGAAAGAGAUACUAAGGUGUGAUGAAAAAGAAGAGAAUUUUUAAAAAUUCUUUUUCACCGCCUUUCUCUUUCUCUUCUCUUUUUUUCUCCUUUGUCUCUCUCUCUCUCUCCAUGUUUUCCCCACUUUCAUCUCUCUUUGGUUACCACCACCAGACAAGAAUAUAUAUAUAAAUAUAAAGUCUCUAUUCUCUCUCUCUAUAUAUUUUAAUUAUUACCCACUCUCUCUCUUUCUCUCUCCCUUUCCUCUCUCUCUCUCUCUCUCUCCUCUCACUUGACUGAUUAAGUUAAAUUUUUUCUUCUCCAUAUCUCCUUUCGAUUAAAACUAAUUACUAACUAACAGAAUCUAUAAAUUGUUUAAUCUCGCUAUUCUUUAAUUGUGUUGCCAAAGGCUUCUCAAAAACCUCUUCUUCUCUAUCACCACAAUCAUUAUCAUCAUCAUCAUCAUCUCUUUCUCUUCUCUCUCUCUCUCUUUCCCUCUUCUCCAUCUUUAUCAUCAAUAUUGUUUUCUUUUUUUAUCCUGUGUUCCUUUGGUUUAUAUAUCCCCCCUUUCAUUUUGAAUUUACAAAUAUAUAUAUAGAUUAUUGUUGAUAAU